CCACACUAAGUCUGUUGAUGGCUGUCUUCUAUCGUAAUAACAAACCAUUCGAAAGUAAUCAAAUUAUUUUACGAGUUCGAUCAAAUGUAAUUGCGAGUAAAGACCCAUCAGGAAUUAUUUUAUCACCCGUGGGAAGACAAAACGAUUUAGCAUUGCUACCGGCUCCGAUAAAUAUUUAUAGAAAUCGCGUGAUCGUGGGCCGGUCUUGCGUGACUGUUCGCGUAACGGUCCUCGAUAAAAAUGACGUCGCACCUUCAUGGGGUCCCGGACCCUGGAGAUUCGAGGUGUCCGAGGAAGCGCCACCAAACACCAUCGUAACAGUUCUGAAGGCCCAAGAUCCAGAUACUAUCGGGAACCUCCGCUACAGUUUAAUAACCUCCCCGAAGAUCAGCCCCAACGAUUACAAUUACGAGGAUCCGUAUUCGCCGGCGAGCGACCGCGGAAUCGAGGGCCAGUUUCGGCUGGACCCCAUCAACGGACAGCUCCGACUCGUGGAGGCCCUUGACAGAGAGACCAGGGAAAAGUACGUCCUCAAAGUGACAGACACCAACGAUAAUGCCCCGGUCUUCCAGUCGAUGGCGUACUCCUUUGACGUGGCAGAGAACGUACCUCGGGGGAGCAGAAUUGGGCAAGUAAUAGCGACAGAUGCUGACGCCGAUGGGCCCAACAGCCAGCUGAGUUAUGCCCUGAUAUCCGAUUGGGCAAACGACGUAUUUUCCCUCAAUCCAAGCACCGGCGUCUUCACCCUGACGGCGAGUCUCGACUACGAACAGGUCCAACACUACAUCCUCGUUGUCCAAGCAACAGACGGCGGUUUGCCAGUACUAUCAACCACUGUCACUGUCUACUGCAAUGUCGUUGAUCUCAAUGACAAUGCCCCGAUAUUUGAGCCGGGACCACACGGGGCAGAUGUAUUGGAAAAUACGACAACCGGUACCGCUGUUUUGUCAGUUGUCGCUCAGGAUUUGGACUCGGGUGACAAUGGACGUGUUGUCUAUGACAUUAUCAAUGGCGACGACAAUGGGGAUUUCGGGAUCGCGUCAAAUGGGACCGUAUUUACCCGGAAACUGCUGGACCGUGAGACAAAAUCGAUCUACAAUCUGAUCAUCAGAGCCCAAGACAGCCCGACACUUGCUGUCAAACCGCUUUCAUCGACGGUCCAGGUGACCAUUGUCCUCCUGGACGUGAAUGACGUAGCGCCGGAAUUCAUAUCCUCCAACCAGACCUCGAUAAUGGAAAAUUCCCCGCCCAAUACCGUGGUAAUGGCCAUCAAAGCCGUAGACAAGGACGAAGGUCGCAACGGCUACGUUGAGUAUUCCUUGAAGGAGCCCUCGCUCUCGUUCAAUCUCGGGGCCGUCGACGGGUUGCUGCGCAUCGCAGAGCCUCUGGACCGCGAGCGCAGGCAAAAUUACACCCUGAGAAUCUCGGCAAAGGACCGCGGAGAGCCCCCUAAAUCCUCGGAGGCGACAAUCACAGUGUUGGUACUGGACGAAAACGACAAUGCGCCGAUUUUUGACCCCAAGCAGUACUCGGCAACAGUCGCUGAGAACGCGAGCAUCGGCGCUAGUGUUCUUCAAGUCUCAGCGACAGAUCGUGAUGAAGGUGCUAAUGGUAGAAUGCGUUACAGCAUCGCUCUGGGCGAUGAGAAUCGUGAUUUUACGAUCUCCGAGGACGCCGGAGUUAUCCGGGUAGCCAAGAAUCUAAACUUUGAGCGUAAAUCACGGUACAGAUUGACAGUUAAGGCCGAAGAUUGCGCGCCGGAAAUUGGCGAACCGUCACGUGAUGACACUGCUGAAGUAACCAUCACUGUUCUUGACAUCAAUGACAAUGCGCCUGUUUUUCUCGACUCUCCUUACCUCGCCUACGUCAUGGAGAACAUGGUUCCGCCUGGUGGUGGUUUCGUUAUCCAGGUAAAGGCUUACGACGCAGACACGCCGCCGUACAAUGAUCAAGUACGGUAUUUUCUCAAAGAGGGGGACACCGAUCUCUUCCGUAUAAACGCUAGCACCGGUGAUAUCUUUCUUCUUAGGCCUCUGGACAGAGAAAUGAUACCGGAUUAUACGCUGACACUGGUCGCCAUGGAUACAGGCUCGCCGCCAUUGACUGGCUCAGGUGUGCUAAAAGUAAUAGUCCUUGAUGUUAAUGAUCAUAGUCCUGAGUUUUCAAGACCAGAUUACAAAGCUACCGUUACGGAAAAUAAUCCCGGUGGUACUUGGGUCGCUAAGCCCACGGCUACGGAUAAAGAUGAAGGAUUAAAUGCCAAGAUUAGGUACAGUCUUCUUGGUGAGAAAACAGAGAGAUUCUCCGUUAAUCCAGACACCGGUGAAAUAGUUACUCUGGUGUCCUUGGAUCGCGAGCAGACCGCAAUUUACCACCUGACUCUGAUAGCCCAGGACUCGAGUCCAACUGAGCCGAGAGCCGCUGCUGUUAAUUUGACCAUUUACGUAGCUGAUGUCAACGACAACGCGCCUCGCUUUUCCAGUCCCAGGUACACGGCCUACGUUCCGGACUCAACCAAACCCGGAGACUUUGUCUUUGGUGCCAAAGCCGUCGAUGACGACGACGGAGAGAACUCUAGAAUAGUUUACCACCUCCAGGGCGACGAUGCGCAUCGUUUUGUAAUCGACAACUCAAAUGGAGUGAUUCGCGCGGCUGAGGAUCUAUCAAACGCCAAGGCGACUUACCAGCUGCAAAUCCGCGCUUCAGACUGCGGCCAAAAAUCCCAGAGUGUCACUGCAGACCUGGUGAUCCACCUCUGGGACCGACAGCUCUUUCCCAGUUUCAAAUCGUCGAUCAGCACGAGAUUCACUCUGACAGAAGACAUGCCCGAGGGACGGAUCAUCACUACUCUGAGCGCUACGACGCCGAAAGUUGGAGCUGCGAGUAAUCUGGUCUUCGCAAUGGCUGGUGGUAAUGUCGGCGACGCUUUGAGGAUUGACUCCUCUACUGGAGAGGUGCUGGUCGCUUCAGGAUUUGACUACGAAACAGCGCCAACUUAUGAAGCUUGGGUUGAAGUCAGAGAUUCCGACAAUCCUCCUUUGAGAUCAGUCGUCCAACUGCUGAUCAAUGUUACCGAUGCUAAUGACAAUCCUCCGAUCAUGGAGGCAGUUAUUUACAACGCGACUGUUUUAGAAGAAGAAUAUCCGCCGCUGUACGUCACUAAAAUCGCUGCCAAAGACCUUGAUUCUGGUGAAAAUGGACUGGUCACUUAUUACCUGGCCAAUGACUAUGACGAGUCCUUUAUGAUUGACGAAAACACCGGUGAGAUUAGCACAAAUGCAAAGCUAGAUCGGGAAGAAAUGAAUUCCUACGAGCUGAUAAUCGAAGCUAGGGACCAAGGAGAGCCGAGGUUGUCGGGAACAGCGACUGUGAUCGUCAGUGUCUUGGAUAAAAAUGACAAUCCGCCUCGUUUCACCCGUCUCUUCAGCGUAAACGUUACCGAAAACGCAGAAGAUCAGAAUGACAACGCUCCUGAAUUCACCGAGGAAAGCUAUCACUUCCACUUUCCGGAGCUCCAGAGACGGCUAGCGCAUGUAGGCCAGGUGGCUGCAGCAGAUCGCGACAAACAGGGUCCCAAUUCAGUUAUUUCUUACAGUUUGCAGCACCCCUCAGACCUGUUCAGCGUCGAUCCGGCCACUGGGGACAUAUUCAGCAAAAGAACGUUGCGUUACAAGCACACUCACCGUCCGUCUUCUCCAGAAAAUCUCUAUUCUUUAACAGUGAUCGCUACUGACAAUGGAAAGCCUCCACUGUCUUCCAAAACCAUCGUUCAUGUCAGCGUAGUUGAUGCAAACAACAAUGCGCCGAAGUUCGAGCAGCGCACUUACUUAUCGCCAGUCCCAGAAGCCUACGGAGUCGGCAAGCGCGUUGUUAAACUAACAGCUCACGAUGACGCGGACUUUGGCGUCAAUGCUGAGAUAGAAUACACUGUCGCUGGUGGAAAUUCCUCGGACUUUUUCGGAAUCGAGGCCAAGACCGGCUGGAUCUAUGUUACCAAGAGCAUCAAAGACAUCCCAGUUGGCACGACCUUCUUGUUAGCCGUGAGAGCCACGGACAAAGGAGUUCCGCCUCAGAAAGACCAAGUUUCAUUGAUGCUGGUGGUAACAGGUGAGAAUCGGCGAGCUCCAACCUUCGCUGCGGUUUCUUAUCAAGUCCGGGUGCCAGAAAACGAGCCGGUAAACACGACAAUCUUGACAGUCAGCGCAGUGGACGGCGAUGACGGGCCGAAUGGUAUGAUUCGCUACAAAAUAUCCGAUAGCGAGUGUCGGGUCUUUUCAAUCCACCCCACCACUGGAGCAAUCACCAUCCUGGAGACUCUUGACUACGACACUAUCCAGGAGUACAGGCUGAACAUCACUGCGACGGACCUGGGCUUUGAACCCAAGCAAGCUGUCGCUACUCUGACGAUAAACGUCUCGGACAUAAACGACAACCCGCCUACCUUCAACCAGACUGUCUACGAAGCUUUUCUUCCGGAGAAUUCUCGGCCCAGCAGCUUUGUCUACAAGGUGGUCGCUAGAGACAUUGACUCUCCUAAGUACGCAGUGAUCCAGUACCGAAUCAUCGGCGGAAGCGGCAAAGAACACUUCCAAAUCCAGCAGGACACCGGGGUGGUCACCUCUCGCAUUACUUUCGACUACGAAGAAGCGAACAAGUACACGCUGGACAUCGUAGCGGCAAAUCCUGACUCGAAUCCGCAGAUGGUUGGGUUCACCACCGUGGUGGUGCAUAUCACCGGGGUGAAUGAAUUUUAUCCAAAGUUUAUUCAACCAGUUUUCCUGCUGGACGUAUCAGAGAGCGCAGAAGUCGGAACGUCUGUCGGACUGGUCCAGGCGACUGACCAGGACGCUGGCGAUGAUGGACGUGUUUAUUAUCUGUUCGUCGGAUCGUCCAAUGACCGCGGGUUCUCAAUCGGCUCUGAGACGGGUAUCAUCAGCGUAUCGCGUCAUUUAGAUCGGGAGACGCAGAACCGGGCUGUGCUUACGGUGAUGGCGAAAAAUGCUGGAGGGAUACGUGGCAAUGACACCGAUGAAGCCCAGGUUAUAAUAUCCAUCCAGGACGGAAACGACCCGCCUGAAUUCUUGCAAACUACCUACGAGUCGAGCGUUUCCGAGGGGGCUAUUCAGGGGACCAGGAUUCUUACAGUCAGGGCGAUUGACAAGGACGUCAGGCCCCAGAACAACCAGUUUUCAUACUCCAUUAUCGGAGGUAAUGUUGGACAGGCUUUCAAAGUUGAUCCCCAGUCUGGAGAUGUCGAGACUGCCAAAUUGCUGGACCGCGAGUCUAUUGCGAGUUAUCAGCUGAUUAUUGGGGCUAUUGAUGUUGGAUCACCACCUCAGACCGGCACAGCGACGGUGCGCAUUGAUCUGCUGGAUAUCAAUGACAAUGGCCCGGUGUUUGACCCUCCGGAAAUAGUCGGGUAUGUUAAUGAAAACGAACCUGCCGGGACUAGUAUCAUGACUUUGACGGCUAUGGACCCAGAUUUGCCUCCCAAUGGUGCUCCGUUUACUUAUCGGCUUAUUGGAGGUAGACAGGCUGAUGUUGUUACUCUGGAUAAACAUUCUGGGGUUUUAAGAACUACCAGGAGUCUUGAUCGUGAAGUUAUGCCUCAGCUUGAUUUGUUGAUUGAAGUAGAAGAUUCAGGAUUACCAAAAAUGAAAAGCGAGCACACAGUGACUGUAAUAGUGUUAGACGAAAAUGACAGUCCAUCAACACCACGAUCAGUUCAUAUAAUCGUGCAUUCAUUCAAUGGCAAAACACCGAUGGGAAAAAUAGCGGAUGUCCAUCCAAAUGAUCCUGAUACCACCGGCGACUACACAUGCAAAAUACUUCAGGGCUCGAAUCCUGCUGGUGUACUCACCGUCCCGAUCGCUUGCGAUUUACAUACCAGCAAAAUUACCCCCGGUCUCGGAUAUUCGCUGAGCAUCUCCGGGAGAGACGGACGACAUCCAGAUGUCGUCUCCAAGGUCACUGUGGAAUUCCUCGUCUUCUCAAAUGCGACCGUUGAAAACAGCGUUACCUUACAAAUUAACAGACUCACUGCUGCGGAAUUUCUCGCAAAGUUCUACCGGCCGCUAUUGGACAUGCUCCAGGAUGACGUUGAUACCGGGGAUACCUUCACUAUCUUCAGCAUUGGCGAGACUGACGGCAACUUGGAUAUUUACUUGGCUAUGGAAACUCCUCAAGGAUUUAAAGCCAAAGCUGAAGUAAUCGACAUGCUGGUGCGCAAACGUGAAAAAAUUCAAGAAACCCUCGCCGGCAGUGGAGUCACGGUAAAUUACUCGCCCUGCGGGCUAAUGGCUUGCGACAACGGCGGUAGCUGCAGCGACCAGUUGGUCGUCUACGAGGACGCGAGAAUAACAAACAGCCAAAGUUUAAUCCUAACAUCUCCACGAGUAACCCACGAGAUGAUUUGCCGGUGUCGGGAAGGAUUCACCGGAGCGAGAUGCGAGCGUCGUCAAGAUCCAUGUUCUCCGAACCCGUGCCUGGAACGUGGCCAGUGCAGACGAGUCGGGUACGACUUUAUGUGCUCCUGUCCCGCAAAUCGGGAAGGAAAACUCUGUGAACUAGAACGUGGAGAUGCCUGCGCCAGCAACCCUUGCAGAAACGGCGGAUCUUGCAAAGUCUCUCCCGACGGGUCAAGCUUCUUCUGCCUGUGCCGAGCCGGUUAUCGCGGCAAUCAUUGUGAAGCAGUGACCGAUUCCUGUAGACCUAAUCCUUGUCUCCACGGUGGUCUUUGCGUAGGCCAGAAACCGGGCUAUCGUUGCAGCUGUCCUGAGGGCCACUACGGGAGACACUGUGAGCAGUCUACCUACGGCUUCGACGAGCUGUCCUUCAUGAGUUUCCCAGCAUUAGACUCGACAACUAACGACAUCACGAUAGUCUUCGCGACGACCAAACCCGACGCGCUGCUGCUUUACAACUACGGCCCUCAAAGCGGAGGCCGAUCGGACUUUAUCGUCCUGGAGCUCAUCAACGGUCGCAUCGCUUUCUCCUACGGCGGGGCCAGAAGCGCAAUCACUCUGGUAAAGGUUGAGGGUGGAAGUCGCUUGGACGACGGACACUGGCGCAAAGUAACUGCUACCAGAAAUGGACGCGUAGUUUCUUUGAGUGUGUCAAAUUGUCGCGAACACGGCGACGUUUGCGACGAGUGCAAGCCUGGAGAUGGUUCCUGCUACGCGGAUGACAUCGGACCAACUGGAACGUUGAAUUUCAACAACAACCCAUUGAUGAUCGGUGGUCUGGCUUCUGCUGAUCCAGUCCUAGAAAGACCAGGCCAAGUUCACUCCGACGACCUGGUCGGUUGUGUCCACUCAAUUUCAAUCAACGGACGCGCGCUGAACCUGACCAGUCCUCUGGCGUCUCGAGGGAUAAAGAACACCUGUCCACGUCCUGAAAACGGAGUUUGUGACGACUUGCAGUCAGUUUGCGGCUCUGGUAAGUGCUACGACAAGUGGCACUUAGCAUCCUGCCAGUGCGACUCUCUGACGGCCCCCAACUGCCGCGGAGCCCUCGAGCCGGUCAAUCUGAGCGAUGGAGGGUACGUAGAGUUCAAAAUUUCAGAGAAGCACAAGCGAAUGCAAUUGUUGGAGUACUUGUACGGUGGAACAACGUCCUGGUCUAGGAACAAGGUAACGCGCCGAGCUGCCAAGGAAGAUACCAACAAUCUUAUUUCCCUGGGAGUUCCUCCGCCGAAGAAGAUGAGUCUGAUGUUCCGUACGAUAAAGACCGAUGGGAUUUUAAUCUACGCGGCGACUAACAAACAUUACACGUCAAUAGAGCUGAAGAACGGACAGUUAUCUUACACCUCUCUGUUGGGAUCAGCGGUGAACAUGACCGGAGCGGUGGAGGGCGGGCUGGCUGAUGGUCGCUGGCACAAUUUAACGAUAUUCGCUCACUCACGAGGCCUGCAAGUGAUUAUAGACGGGCAGCUGACCGGGGACGAGCUCGAUUCAGCCGGAGUUCACGACUUUUUAGAUCCGUAUCUGACAGUCCUGUUUGUCGGCGGCGUCCGUCGUGAUCUUUAUUACCACGACAGUUAUCCAGUUACGUUCGAAGGAUGCAUCGCUAAUUUUAGCAUAAACAACGAGUUACAGCCGUUCAAUGGCUCCGGUUCAAUUUUAAAAGACGUAAUGUACCACGGCAAAGUGUCCCGGGGCUGUCGUGGGCCCAUUGGUAUCAGCGCGGCAGCCACAGCGGACCCUCUCAGCAUUGGAAUAACUCUGGUAAUCGUUUUCUUCGUCACGCUCCUCGUGGCGAUCCUCGUGAGCUUCGUGGUCUUCCGUCUGAGGCGUCAGAGCAAAGAAAAAGCGCCCUCGGUGGUUAAUAAAAACACAAACGCUAUAAUCACCGGGAAUUCUCUCGUUGGAUCCGGCAACGACGGGCUCAUGUCAAGGCAUGAAAACACUUACAUAUCAGACACCUCGGAUCUCAGGGGAGUCGGUCAUAUGGGCCCCGAGUUGAUCUCCAAGAAGUUCAAAGAGCGCGAGCUGAACAGCACCGAGCACCAGCGGCCCCAGAGGCCGGACAUCAUCGAGAGGGAAGUCACCAAGAGUCCGAUGAUUCGCGACGAGCACCCUCCGAUGCCUCCGCCGACCCAGAGCUCUUUGCACUCCCACGAGCACAACCCGGAGCCGGACAUGCCCGAGCACUACGACCUGGAGAACGCCAGCUCGAUCGCUCCCAGCGACAUUGACAUUGUCUACCACUACAAGGGCUACAGAGACGGAAUGCGCAAGUACAAGGCGACUCCUCCGCCCAUUGGGAGCUACGGGAAUCAUCACAAGCACAGUGGGACUCCCCAUCGACAUGCUGGGGCUUUUCCUCCCCGAGCGAUGCCUCCUCCGAGUGUCGGCCAGCCAACAACCACUCCGAAGCUCCUCCAGAGCACCCCCUUGGCCAGGCUGUCGCCCAGCAGCGAGUUGUCUGCCCAGCAGCCGAGAAUCCUGACUCUCCAUGACAUCAGCGGGAAACCUCUUCAGUCAGCGCUCCUGGCUACGACAUCUUCAUCAGGAGGAGUCGGCAAAGACGCGCUCAACUCCAACAGCGAGCGGAGCUUGAACUCCCCGAUAAUGAGCCAGCUCUCCGGGUCAACGGCCAGCCGAAAGGUCCCCCAGUCUGCCAACGACACCAGCAACAACGUCCCAACCGGCCCGAUGGGUCUCACCGCUGAAGAAAUUGAAAGGCUCAACUCCAGGCCCAGGACUUCCAGCUUAGUGUCCACUUUGGACGCGGUGAGCUCCUCCAGCGAAGCCCGCGGACCUCCGCCUCCUCACGGGCCGCUGCAUCUUCACCGAAGACACACACCACCCACGGAGAGACUCGAGAGGAGAAACUCUUCGACUACUGAUGAAAGCGGCAACGACAGCUUCACUUGCUCCGAGAUCGAGUACGACAACAAUUCCCUGGUUGGUGAUAAGCGCUCGGACAACUUGUACAGCAAGCCGGAGGACGAGGACCCGCCGACGAGGACUGACGGGUCACCACAAUCGACCAAGCCGCCCUUGCCACCCAAUGUCAGCUAUGAUGGGUUCGACAGCUCAUUCAGGGGCUCCUUGAGCACCUUGGUCGCUUCGGAUGAUGAUCUUUCCACUCACAUGGGCAGCUUGUACAGGCCCACGAAUAAUGGAUCGCCUUCGACGAACACUGCGCUCAGUUGGGACUACCUCCUUAACUGGGGACCCAAUUUUGAGAGCCUGGUUGGGGUCUUCAUUGACAUUGCCGAGUUGCCCGACAGCAACAGAGUUCCCAACACCCUCAGACUGCCUGCUAGUAUUCCCAAACCUUCUGAAGAGUAUGUUUGA